AUCAGUAAUUAAUCACCUUUGUACUCCAGGAAGCUCUGACUCCUCUCUCUCCGCUCAACAAACCUGCUCCAAAGUGAAAGCAAAGAUUCCUCUCCUUCUCUGAACUUGGCGAUGAGAGAUCCGACACGGAACCACAGCGCAGCCUGAAACCUUCCUUCCCCCUGCGAGAUGGGCUUCCCAGGGGUACAGGGGGGACCCCCAAACCUCCUCUGGAUCCUCCUGAUGUGUCUCCCACUGCCGGGAACUGAUGCCUUGGGAAUCACAAUGGGGGGCUCCCUGGUUAAUGCCCUGCGAGCCCAUGACGUGUUCAUACCCUGCACCAUUACUGGAUACUCGGAACUGGAUCUCACCAAGCUCUCGGUCACAUGGACUCUAAGUAAUAAAGCAGCGACCAAUCAACUCGUCUAUAAGUUCCUCUCCCAAUCCCCCCAGCCCACCCGGCCCGGAUCCUACAUAUCAACCCCAGACCUGAUAACCGGCAAUGCCGGGCUCCACUUACCCCGGGUUCAGUUCACAGAUGAAGGAGAAUAUACCUGCACUGUCUUUUAUACCCCAGAUAAAGCCGUGGGAGAGUCUGCCCUGCAGGUGUCAGUGCAACCAACGGGCACCCUGGCGCCUCCUCACGUUGUCGUGGAGACCGGGGCAGAAAGGACGGUGACGUGCGAAGCCAACGGGUUUUACCCAAAAGAUAUAACGAUUCAGUGGGUGAAGUACCUGAGCGACUCCCAGUGUCUCCCACUGAACAAAGGAACCUGCACCGGCGACCAGAUUGAGAACAAAGAUGGAACGUUCAAUGUCUCCAGUCAUCUGACCAUUAACCCUUCGCUAGAAGAGGAUGGAGAUCAAUAUUCAUGUGUUAUUUCGCACAGAUCCUUGGAAAAGGAAGAAAAGCUGAACUUCACCCUGACUGUAACAAGACAAGAGGACAAAACCAGCGCAGUUAUUGGAACCAUAAUAUCGACACUCGUUGUAGCAUUCGCUGUCGCUUUAGCCAUCGCUGGUUAUGUAACGUUCAUCAAAAAGCAACCCCCCAAACUCUCUCCCAUUACCGGAGCGGAACAUUUGGUGCAUAUGAACAGGGCGACUCUCUCCUGCCAGAUCUCUGAGUUCCGGCCCAAACCCGUAACAAUUACAUUGUGUUUGAAAAGAAAAGGGGGUGACAUGGUAGCAAUUUACUCCUGGAAAUCCGAGGCCCAAACGGAUCAUUCUAUAAAGAGAGCGGAACAGUCUGUGGCUAUUGAGUUGGACGAGACGGAGCAGUUAGUGAGUAAUGGAGACAGUUCCCUGCCCCCGGCACAGAGGGCGCUGCGAGUGGAAAUGAUUCCUCUGAUAAAAACAAGUAAAAAGCACAUUUCCAGCUGCCAGUGCACAAUCCAUAUCACUCCCAGUGUAGAAGAGGACGACGGGGCAGAACUGUCAGUUUGGGUCACUCACCGGAGUCUGAGCCCUCCCAUCUCUGUAAGUUGCCCUUUAAAGAUAGAAGGAGUGAGCCCCAAGCUCUUCACCAUUGUGUUUCCCCUUCGUAUCCUCCAUGGAGAAUCCGUGACUCUAACUUGUCCCAUCAAUGGGUUCAAGCCAAAGCCGCUCUCUGUUACUUGGAUACGAGUGGAUUCCGCGGGUCAGCAAACUGAAAUCGUCUCUUGGGAAUAUGGAACAACCAAGAUGGAUUAUUCUAGAUAUUCUCACUGCCUGAAAGAGAACGUACAUGAAGAUCAUUCCAACAGCUUCCUCAGUCUUCUGACCAUGAAGCCGACAGUUAGAGAGGACCAUGGAGUGAACUACAUCUGCAGAACUUAUCAUUAUGCAACAAACUCCGGAGCAGAAGAAAGAAUGGAAAUGUGUGUUUUAGCUGUUCCAGAACUGAAUCAAAUCAAGACGUCACCAGAGAUUCCAUGUGUUGGGGAAGAGAUGAAGUUCUCUUGCAAGAUCCACUCCUUCCACCCACAAAACUUGACAGUUUCCUGGUACAAAGAGAGUGAAGUCUUGUCAACGGAGAGCAGCACGACUGUUGCUAAUGAUAACGGGUUGUUGAGUUUCACCAGCUGUAUAACAUACAGACCCAGUGUGAUGGACAUUGGGAAGAGGUUCCGGUGUGAGGUCUCUCAUCCGAGUCUCCAACAUCCUAAAUGUGUUUCCUGGGAACUGAAACAUCUGGUUCAUAACCCGAGUGUAAGUGAUAUAAAAUGCAAUCCUGAAAUUCUGGAGCGCAACCAACCGGCAGUGUUAUCGUGUAUUAUAAAGGAUUUCUAUCCUGAAGACCUCGCCAUCCGCUGGUACAAAGGACUGGAACCUGUCUCUUGUAAUAAUUACACAGAGGUCCUACAGGAAGACACAACAUCAGGAUUUUUCUCCAAAACCACAGAAAUGUCGUUCAUUCCAUCCAUCAAUGACCACGGGACAGAGUUCCACUUGGAGGUUACGGCCUCUGGGGAGGUUGUCAAAAGGACAAUUUGUAUAGAACUAAAGGGGCUGCCACAAGUCAAAGAUAUCAUUUGCAAUAAGCACCCCCCAAAAUAUGGAGAAGAACUAACCCUAAGCUGCGAGGUGAUUGGAUGCAACGCCCGAGACAUCACAGCGGAAUGGCGAGAGAACGAUAUUCCCAUAUUUCCCAGGAGAGAAAUGAAAGCAGAAACCCAAAUACACGCAAAUUCCAUCUCCUUCCGCCUCAUACUGACGCCCACAGCAGAGCAUUAUGGGAAAUUAUUUACCUGCCUGAUAAAGCACAAGGAUUUAAUGCACCCAAUUAAGAAGAAUAUCUCCCUGAGGCUGCCGGAUGUGCCGCCCACCUUAUCCGAAAUCACAGUUUUCCCCAAAAGACCUGAGGCCAACAGAAGAGCCUCCUUCACUAUCUCCAUCUCUGGCUUCUCACAUAAAGGCCUCCAAGUCAAGUGGCUGAAAUCCUUCACUCCCCUUACAGCGAAUAUAGAGACCACAGCGCCCCUAGCAGGAAGGGACGGGUUAUACAGUUGCACCAGCACAUUGAGAUACACCCCCACCGACAGCGACCAUGACAAGUUCAUCCGAUGUGAAGUCACUGCCAACAGGGAAAUCAAGGGGAAACAGUUCCAGUUAUAUCUCAGGGGGGAUGAACCCAAGAGCAACCUAACCCCGACUGCAACAGAAGGAAGGAAAGUUCCAGUGCAAAAAGAGGUAGAAGUGGGGGAGAUUGUGUGUGUGACCCCCCCCAGCCCCAGGGAGGGAGAGGCCGUUACCCUUCAGUGCAUCAUUAGAGGGCAAGAUGCACAACAUGGAGACUUCUCCUGGAGUGACGGGAUGUUCCCCAUUGAUGAAAGCCAAAUAGACAACUCCAACCUCCCUGAUGGCUCCGGCUGUAUCUCCAGGGUCACCUUCACUCCUGAACAUGGCAAAAUAAGGUUUGAGGCCACAUUUAACUUCGUAACCACGGAGAGAACCUACCUACUGCAACUGGUAUGAGAUGUAUAAGUUACUGGGGAUCUACAGACAUUGUACAGACUGUAGCAAACGCUCUUCAACAAGCUCAGGAGAACCAACCCAAGAGCCUUCAGAGCACAAAGCUAAUGACUAUGUUUAUUGUAUUGAGUUACAGAUCCAUCCGCUGAGGCCAAUUGUGGUCUCCAAUGAAAAUUGGAAAACAAUUCAAUAAAAUAAUGGGAUGUAAUGAGGGUGCGACGCCACAAUACAAAGACAACCAAUAAAUACCCUUCUCUCAAAGCCAAUAAGGAAGAGCAGUAGAACCUAAUGGAACUGAGUGUAGGGCGGCCCACGGGGGAUACAAAUGUCUAUUUUAUAUUGCAAUUUAUGGGCACAACUGGUUAUUAUUACAUUAAAUGGGCGGGGGCAGGAUGGCUUAAUGCCCUUUACUCAUUGCUAGGGUGGGGCAGUCCGACUGUGUUUGUCUGAUUGAAGGGUAAAAACUAUUGUUCGACCAAUAAACCAAAGAAAUAGACAGAGACUGAAUACUCGGAGCGUCUAAUAACAAACACGAGUUGAUCCUGAGCCGCUUGUUAAACAAAUAAAUGGGAAUUAAAUAUAUUUGUAUCUUCUGCUCUGGAUUCUCAUCCUUUUAUCUUCAUUUUUAUUCUUUUCUACGUCAGUUUCUUUCUGUCGUUAAAGAAUAAAGAACCUUUGUUUUGUGUUU